AUGUAUAACAUCACAGGUCUCCAGGGGAUGCAGUAUCCUCGUGAGGGUGACACAUUCCAAGCAAAGGACUAUGCCUACUUCAACCAGCAAUACGCAUCCUCAUCCUACCAGGAAGCCCACGACAUGAACCCAGCUCUUAUCGUCCAACCCAAAGAUGACGAUGAUGUCGUCAAAGCUGUCAAGUGGGCUCGANAAGGAAAAGUCGCUGUCGCCAUCAAGAGUGGCGGACAUCAAUACAGCGGCGCUUCCUCGACAGGCGGAAAGAAUAUCCAAAUCGACCUUAGCAACACCUACAAAGAUAUGAAGGUGUUACCUUCUGAACACCUGCCUGAAGACAGAGCACUGGUUUUCGUCGGAGUAAGCAACCAGCUUCAAGAUUUCAAUGCUUACCUCAAACACAAUGGGCUCUUUGUCCCGCACGGACAGUGCGCCUGUGUCUGUGUUGGAGGUCACGCUCAGACUGGUGGAUACGGUCAGCUUGGCCGCAGCUUUGGCUUAUUCGGUGAUCACAUUGUAAGCAUCCGCAUGGUUGACUACAAUGGCGACAUCAAAGAAGUCAACGAGAAAAGCGACUCGGAGCUCUUUAAUGCCAUCCGUGGCGGUAGCCCUGGCAACUUUGGCAUCAUAACUCACUAUGUAGUGAACGUUUACCAGGCCAAGAGCUAUGUUGGACAGAUAUCGGGACCCAACGGUAUCAAAGGACCGUAUGGUCUAAAAGGCCUCUGGCUUUACGACGGCUCAAUCAUGAAGAAGUUGCUCACCAUCCUUGCCAGGAUGUCUGAUAACCCAGACCUCCCUGGAAAUUUCGACCUGUGCAUUAGUGUUCUCAGCACUGAAUUUCCUGUCACUAUGCUCUUUCCAUCGAUGAAGGAUGAUACACUCUGGCAAAAGGUCCAACAAAGGAUCAAGUCAGCAUUUGCGUCUGAAGUCCUGGAUCUUCUCAAUGGCUCUUUCCCGGCUAUUAUCGUGGUGUAUGCUCAGUGGUGCCCUACAUCCAAGAACGACAAAUACGACGACGCAGUCAAUGAUUGGUUCAAGCGAUUCUGGGAUCUCCGGAACGAUCACCACUAUCUCCACAUCGACGACUUUGGCCGAGACUCGUCAGUAGACAUGGCGACAAUGACGGGCAAAUGGAUCUUCCCCAAGAAGAGAGAAUUCGAUCUCCCCUAUGUCAAACGCACCUGGGUAACUAACUCCAGAACACUCUCGACCAACGGCUGGGUAGACGAUGUGGUAAAGCGACUAGAUCUAGUACUCGACCCACAGCAAAAGCUCAGUGACAACAAACAAGACUGGGAAAAAGAUAUCUACGACCACUGUAAACUCUCAGUUCAGAUCCAAGCCUUUGGAGGGGAAAACUCAAAGUACUUUACCAACAGAAAGAAUGGUGCUUCCUAUAGCUGGAGAGACUCCACUAUUGUCCAAGUUAUCGAUUGCUUUCACGAUGAGAAUGGAAGAAAGUUCGCAGAUGACUGGCAGCAACAUAAUGAUAUAGUUAUGGUUGGGCCUAACAGCAACUUUAGCAAGGUGGAUAAGCGUAUGUUGUGGGGUUCUCAUGGCGAUUGGGAUUUAUCCAGUCCUGAGGUUUGGAAGACUUACUAUGAGGAUGAGGACAAGUAUCGAAGGAUCGGAAAAGUUAGGNGAAAGCAUGACCCUGAUGGCACGUUCACUGCCAAUCCUUUUGCGGUCGAGGCUAUCAAGUCUGUCUGA